AUGUCUCAAAGGUACUGGGGGCAAGGGCAGCAGCAGCAGCAGCAGCAGCAGCAGCAGCCCCAACAGGCGGCCCAUCAGGUGGCGCCGCAGCAGGAGCGCGCCUACGGCGCAGGUGCCGCCUACCAGCUGCCGCAAAACCGCCAGCCCCCGCAGCCACAAGGCGGCCAUGCGGGAGGUGUGGUCCAGCAGAGCGGGGGUCACAGUGAUGGACCGCAGGGCUUGCAGGGCGGCCACGGCCGCAGUGCUGCGCCACAGCAGGGCGGGGGCUACGGUGGCACCGUGCCGCCGCCCCAGCGUCAGGGCGGCUAUCAGGUGCAGCAGGCCCCCCCUCCGGCGUACGGCGGCAGCGGGGCCUCCGCUGGUGCUCAGCCGUCGGGGGGUUAUGGCGGCGGGGUUGCCCCGCCUGGUGCCUAUGCCGCUGCCACACCGCUUGGGUCUAGUGGGUAUGCCGGACAGCCGACCUACGCCAGCGCACAGCCCGCCGCAGCAUCCUAUGGGAGUGCCACGACCACCGCAGGCCCUGCCCAGGCCGCUCGCGCUGGCAGCAGGUACAGUGCGGCUGCGGUUGGAGCGACGCCCUUUGCGGGCGGCGGCAAUGCAGGUGGCAGCAGCGAAGGCUAUGGGCAGCAGGCGACGCCUCCAGCUCCGGGAUUUCCUGCGCCCAAGAGUCAGGGUGCAGGUGCUGCUGGCUCCAAGGCGUGGGAGUACAUGGAUCCCGAGGGCGACGUGCACGGCCCGUUCACCGCAUCCCAGGUCAUGCGGUGGUUCAGGGCGGACUGGUUUGGCAAGGAGCUGCGCAUCCGCCGCGUGGGGCUGUACUGGACGCAGCUGGAGUUUGUGCUGGAUGAGCUGAAGGCGGAGGAGAGGGGCGACGCGGGAGGGGCACCGGCUGCAGGAGCACGAGACGCGGCCGGUGCUGGCGCGCAGCAGCAGCGCAGCCAGGCACCCCAGCCACCACAGCAAGGGGCCUCUGGCGAGUGGGGGGGUGCAGCGCAGCGCGUGCAGUCCCAGGGCUCUGGUGUGUGGCCUCCUGCCAACGUCAAAGCGCAACGUGCCCCCUCCAACGCUCUUUGGGCCGACAUGGUUGACGACUCCGGCUGGGGCGAGUCGCCCCAUGCGGGUGGGGCAGACUGGGCCCCCGUCGCCGCACGCAGCUCCUUGGGGCCCCCGCCAGGCGACAACUGGGGUGCUGGCGGCGGCAGGGGAGGCAGCGGCCGCGGCGGAGGCGGCCGUGGCGAUGGCGGCCGCGGGGAUGGAAACCAGGGUGACGGGACCCGCGGCGCCGGCGGACGCGGCGCGCCUCCCCCAGGCGGCCGCGGGGCAGCCAACUGGCAGCAGGAGCCGCCCGGCGGCGGGUGGCAGCAGGGUAGUGGUGCAGUUGCGGGAGGCUGGCAACAAGAGGCCACGGGCAGUGUGCGGCGGCAGGCCGGCCAGCAGAGCGACACGUUUGGUGACGAUUUUGGCGCCGAGCCAGAGCGCAAGUCGCCGUACGGCCCCAUCACCCUCACGGCCCAGGGCAAGUGGGAACGUGGCCACGUGAUUGGUGGGCAGCCGGACAGGCGGCGGGGCGGCGACCGCGGUGGCGACGCCAGCGGCAGGGGCUCAGGCGUUGCAGCUGGCCGUGCCGGCGGCCGGGGUGAGGGACGCGGGGGCCGUGAUGGCCGCGACACAUCCCGCGCUGACCACAAGGGCGGUGGGGGCAGCCGCAACGCUGUGUCUGGCGAUGCAGACACCAAGACAGCCAAGCAGGCGGCUGUCAAGGUGGGCGCCAAGGGGGACGCCAAGGGGCUAACCAGGGACGGAGGCGGCAAGGCGGCGGUGAAGGCUGGCGGCCAUGGCGAGGGCAGGGUCGCCAAGGGCGUUGCGAAGGAGGCUGCGAAAAGCGACGAUGACGAAGACGGCUAUGGUGCAGGCAGGCGGCGCGGCAGCAGGCGCAAGGGCGACCCAACCAUUGAUGAAAGCGAUGACGCAGGCGCAGCCGCGGCCGCUGCCGCGCUGGCGGCUAUGGGCCUUGGAGGCAAGGAGGGUGCCAAGGAGGGCGCCAAGGAGGGCGCCAAAGAGGGCGGGCGCCGCAGCAACGGCGCAGGGCGUGGUGCCAAGGAAGCAAAGCCGCGUUAUGGCCCAGCUGACCCCAAGCCAGAGGCGGACGAGGCAGCCGUUGCUGCGGCCAGAAUCGCGGCCGCUGCUGUGGCGGCUGUGACGGACGCCCCUAGAAAGGGCGGGGCGGAGCGCCGCACAAGUGGUGACUGUGGCAGCGGUGUUAGCCGCAGUGCCGGCACGCUCCAGCCUGACGCGCAUGAUGCAGCGUCUGCGGUCGCUGCACUUACGGCGGCGGUUUUUGCCGCCGUGACCGAUGCCAACAAGCCGGCACCUGCAUGA